AUGGAAUUAUUGGUACCUAUCAACAAUCGUCAGUACUCUUGGCUCAAUCAUGCCAAGGAAUCAGUUUACACUUUACCUAAUAUCAUCAUAUCUGCCUUUACCACCAGCGACCCGGAAACUUGGUUCUUGCCCGAAGAGUUACAUGAUGUUGAUUUAGGAGAUGAUGAUGACAUGCAGGUAGACACUGGCCAUGCUGGUAGCCUAUUUGAGGCCGAAGACCAUUAUGACCUCCCAAUCCGACAAUUUCCGCCACCCUCUUAUGCUCAGCCUAUGGGAGCACACUUCGAGCCACAACAUGAGUACCAGUCCUAUCAACAACACAACGAGCCCGAACCUGAGUAUCCUCUUGAUAUAUAUACAGUCAGAUUGCGGCCUUGUGCCUCCAAGGCAACCGAAAUACAGCAACCAUUCGACGCAUCGAGGAGAAGCAAGCUCGCACCAAUAACUACAUAUAGGAUCUUUGGCAUCAUUUUCAGUCUGAAGGCGGUUACCGUCCUCGCGGGCCUCCUCCACCUUGAUCCUGUUACGAUCCUUCCUUACUCUCAUCCUAAGUAUUAA